GUCUGAAGCGUCCUGGGCGCCGCCCCGCCGGGACCCCAAUUCCCGGGAGGAAGGAUGAGAAGGAGCAGGUUUACCACCCAAAGAGCCAGCGCGGGCGAGGAUGGAAACCCAGCUAUGACCAGGGAUUUGGGAGGGAGGUCAGAGGUCACGAAGUGGUGCCUGCGGCUGUUACCAUAGUAACCGGGACCGGAUGUGGCGAUCCUAGGGCGCGACAGCCCUCUUCCCAGACCUUCUAGCCCGAGCCUGACGACUCUAUUGCACCCUGAGCGGCGGGUCUGGAGCCUUCUCCGCCGAGGGGAGAAGCGCGCGGUUGGGGAGCACUCAUGGAAACGCCGCGAAGGCAGGCUGCAGAUUGCCGCUGUGCCUGGCAGAGACGGAGGAAGUAGCUGACGUAAGGAAAAGCCGCACAAAGCCCCCACAGCCUCCUGAAAGUUAAAUGGGGGGCCUCAGCCUCCCGGGCCACCGCCCCCCGGAAGCGGAAACAGAAUCAAGCGUGCCCCUUCCUCACUGCCCUCCAAAUCCCGCUGCAGCCAUAGCCGCAACCACGAUGCCCAAACGGAAGAAGCAGAACCAGCAACAGCCGCCGCCGCCGCCGCAGUCCCCAGUGCCAACGCGGGAAGAGACGGGAGACGGAGACGACGGGAGUCCUCUCGGACCACCCAGUCUUCUGGGCCCUCCCCCAAUGGCCAAUGGAAAACCUGGUGACCCCAUGUCAGCCCCAAACUGGAAUCCACCCACAUGUCCACCAUCAGUAGAAUGGAUAAAUAAGUUGUUGUGUGUGCAUGCAAUGGGACACUACACUGCAAUGAAAACGAACGAACUGCUGCUACAGGCAACCUGGAUGAAUCUCACAAACAUGAUGUUGAGCGAAAGGAGCCAGACACAAAAGAAUGCAGACUCUCUUCACAGAGGUCCUCCAGGAUCGAGGGGACUGAUGAUUCCACCGCUGCUGAGUCUCCCACCUCCUCCCCGGGGCAGAGGCCCAGUUUGGGGAGGCUUAGGCCCCAGGUUUGGCCCAUAUGGUCGUGGUUGGUGGGGGGUCAAUGCUGAGCCUCCUUUUCCUGGGCCAGGACAUAGUAGUCCCUCUAGGGGAGGUUUUCUCAAAGAACAGAGACAUCCUCGAAGGCUCAAAAGCUGGUCGCUCAUCAAGAAUACCUGCUCCCCCAAGGAUGAACCCCAGAUUAUGGAAGACAAAUCUGACCGCCCUGUCUGCCGACACUUUGCCAAAAAGGGCCACUGUCGAUAUGAGGACCUCUGUGCCUUCUACCACCCGGGCGUCAACGGACCGCCCCUGUGAGACCAUGCCUUCCUGUCCGGGCGGGAGGCGCCCUCUGUGGCCUGGCGGCUGUGUUCCCUGCGGCCCUCUGGCAGCUGCUGUGGGGCUGCUCCACCACCCCUGUCCACCACCUCCCCCAUUUGAGGUCCAGAGUUGUGUUUCAUCCUGGUGCGCACUGUCCACUCUUUCUGCUAAUUCAGCCUCCAGAGACUGGCCUUCAGGAGCCCAUCUUUGCUCUCUCACUGCCUCCUGGAUCCUCACCCCCUGGCCAGUUGCUAAGCAGGAAACUUACUUGGUGCUGUUUCUUGUGCACCUGUCCACCGACACCCAGUAUUGCCUCGAAUCCUGAGCCCUGGAGCAGCUCCCACCGUUCCCUCUGGCUGCUUGUUCUAAGUCUUCUCUGUGAUAACCCUGACCCCCGAUGUUGGCAGCUGCUCUGGGAGACUCACCAGGUUGUCUGACCUGGGUCAGGUUUGGAUGACUCUACAGACUUCCUUCCUGAAAGGCCAGUCUCCCUGCUUUUGGAUUUUGUAGUGUCGCUGUCAGUAGCCUGGCCCACUGCCAUGGUCUGUGAUCACUGUGCUUUGUGAGCGUGCGUCCCCUGUGGCCUUUCUCAGUGUCCGUGGCAUUCUGUGGCUCCCCCACACUAGGGUAUUUCUGCCAAAAUGAGUGAGGCUCUUGGUGCCCUCUAGGCUUUCCCCAUUUCCCAACACGGAGAAUUGUGAAACUUUCCACAAAACUGCCUCCCUGGCCGCCCCUCCCUUCUGGUGUCACAUCCCAGGUUUGACACAGGUCCCUGGAAUGUGCUCUGAGGCCUCUGGUGGGCCUGCCCUCUUUCCUCUGCAGCCCAUUUUGGUUAGACUGCGUCAUUGUGAGGCCACCAGCCCUCUCGUUUGAAUUCUGUGGCUCUCCACCUGGCCUGUCUUUGGGUGGAACCUGGACAGUCCGUCGUCCUCUCCCGACCUCCGUCCCUGGUUGUUUUCUGUGAAAACGGCAGUGAGCAGGCUCAGCCCUGAACUGGCCCUGAGGAAAUGGGUCAGGAGUUGUGUGGGCAAGAGGGAGGGACAAGAGCUGUUGGAGAACUGAAAAUGAAUUUUUCUUCUUUUUAACAUUUUUUAUAUUAGUAA